AUAAAAUUGAAAUUUUCUCUUUUUUCAAUUACACACACCUAACAGGUAAAAUUCUUCCCUUUUAAUUCACUCCAGAUCCCAACUUCCACAGAAAACAAGAAAAACUCAAAACGCUCAAAACCCAUGAUUCCCUGUACUCUGGCUUUCGGUUCUUGCUAUGCUUUCCUUCUUGGGUUUUGGGUUUUGAUUUUGAGUGCUUGGCGAUCUCUAUCACAUCUGAGCCGUUGAUUCCGGCCUUCCUUUUGCCAUCUACGCCGUUGGUUGCUUUUUAUUUUUUACUUUUCCUGCAUCCGGGUUUGUGAUUCUGUUGAUUUUGCUAGUUUGCUUAUCUGGGUCGUUGAUUUUUUCCCAUUUUGCGAUCUUUCUUGCUUUUUGCUUGAUCUGGGUCGUUGGUUUUCCACUCCAUCUCAUCUGGGUUUGGAUUUUUCUCUGUUUCACGUUGGGGCGAGUGAGUUUUCUACAGUUUCUCGUCUGGAUCAUUGAAUUUUCGCUGUUGGCCAUUGAUUUUUCAUCUUAGGUCAUUGAAUUUUGCCCCUUUUCAUCUGUUUUUUCCCAUUCUGUUUUUUCAUCUGUGGCUGCUACUUGAAUUCAUCUGGGCCGUUGAUUUUCCUGUUUUUGGUUGCCUUUCCUAUACUGGUCUGUGGGUUUCUUUCCUGAUUCGGAGGGGUAUUGGGGGCAAUUCCCUUCGAAAUUCCUCUCCUUCAUCCCUCCCGAUCCAAAUCCCCUCAUCGAGAUCUCCCACUCAGUAUAAAAAUCACACAUUUCCUGUAGAGAGUUCGGAACUUUCUUACCUUUUUUAAAGUUGAAUUUAUCGCAUUUUAGCUAUCUGAUCAUGAGCGGAACCUUCUCACCCGGCGGGUUCAAUGCCCACCGUCUGGAUUUCAAGCGGUGGAUCCCAGUGGUUGUGUCGUCACACAAGACGCUCAUCUCGAUCCUCUGGAUCGUCGGGUUCGCUUCAGUCUUCAUCUGGCAGAGGAACAUCGUUGAUGGCCUCCUGACCUUCCAGUGGGCCCCGGUGAAGGCAUGCCCGAACAUCCGGCCGGUGGCAUUCAACCUGACGGAUUUCGGCGGGGUCGGUGACGGGGUGACACUGAACACCAAGGCAUUUGAGCGGGCCGUUGCGGCAAUCUCAAAGCUGGGGAGGAGGGGUGGUGGGCAGCUCAAUGUACUGGCUGGGGUUUGGCUCACAGCGCCAUUCAAUCUCACCAGUCACAUGACUCUUUUUCUUGCAGAGGAUGCUGUUAUUCUUGGAAUUGAGGAUGAGAGCCACUGGAAACUGAUGCCUCCGUUGCCAUCAUAUGGAUAUGGGAGGGAGCAUCCCGGGCCUCGAUAUGGGAGUCUUAUCCAUGGUCAACAUCUCAGGGAUGUCAUUAUAACAGGCCACAAUGGCACCAUAGAUGGGCAAGGUCAAUCAUGGUGGAAAAAGUACCGGCGGAAACUUCUUAACUACACAAGGGGCCCACUCGUGCAGAUAAUGUGGUCAAGAGACAUCGUAUUCUCAAACAUAACACUGCGCAAUUCUCCUUUCUGGACACUCCAUCCCUAUGACUGCAAGAAUGUGACGAUCUCAAAUGUUACCAUCUUGUCCCCUAUAUAUGGAGCUCCAAACACAGACGGAAUAGAUCCUGAUUCAUGCGAGGAUAUGGUGAUAGAGAACUGUUACAUAAGCACGGGGGAUGAUUGCAUUGCGAUAAAGAGUGGUUGGGAUCAAUAUGGGAUUGCUUAUGGCCGGCCAUCUUCCAACAUUCUUAUCCGCAAUCUUGUUGUUCAAUCUAUGGUCAGUGCCGGAGUUUCAAUAGGCAGUGAGAUGUCUGGUGGCAUCUCAAACGUAAUGGUGGAGAACCUCCAUGUGUGGGGCUCAAGGCGGGCUGUCCGGAUCAAGACCAGCCCUGGACGUGGGGGCUAUGUCCGCAACAUCACUUACCGGAACGUGACCUUUGAUGGCCUCCGUGUGGGGAUUGUCAUCAAGACUGACUACAAUGAACACCCGGAUGAUGGAUAUGAUCCAAAGGCAGUCCCUAUCAUCGAGGACAUAACCUUCAAUGGCAUCCAUGGCCAGGAUGUCCGCGUCCCAGUCCGGAUCCAAGGCAGCGAAGAGAUCCCCAUCAGGAAUGUCACCUUCCGUGACAUGUCGGUGGGGAUCUCGUACAAGAAGAAGCACAUAUUCCAGUGCUCCUACGUCCAGGGCCGCGUGAUCGGGAGCAUCUUCCCUGCACCGUGCGAGAACCUCGACCGCUAUGAUGAGCAAGAACGGCUGGUGAAACGUGCAGUUUCCCCAAACAUCACAGACAUAGAUUAUGAUUUUUGAGACCUGGAAAGAUUGGAUGCAUACAUGCAGAAAUGCCCCGGCGAUUUGUAGUGCACACCUUCUGCAGUUCAAAGAUGUGGGUCAGAAUCCCGAGGUGCAUUCCGAAUGUGAUUUCAAAGUCACCCUCUUUGAAAUGCCCGGGGAUUCCCGCCCAGCCAUUGUUUUGCGGCAGGCAAUGUGAGGGCCGACGCCUGGUGUACACUGCGGUGUGCCCUUGUGUUAAAAAUGGCUGUUUUAAAAUGGUCUCUUGAGGCUCAUUUCUACGGUGAUUGCUCCGCCAUGCGUUUGUAGAUGGACGAUAUGCAGGGCAUUGCAUUUGCACCCUCAUUUUUUUGUCAUUUGUGUAUAGGGCGUUUGCACGAUUGAUUGAUUAUAUUUCUUAGAAUAACAUAAAAUACAGGCGUUUUUUUUUUUUAA